AUGUCUGAAGAAGAAUCCACAAUAAUAUCAUCAAGACAAUCACAACUAUUCCAACAUCAAACCAAAUCUUUUAUUGAAUGGGGGUUAUCAGAUAUAGAAUCUUGGUUAUCAAGUUUAAGUUUUAAUGAAACAAUAAUUGAAAAUUUUAUAUCAAAUAAUAUUACAGGUGAUUUAUUACCAUAUUUAAAAGAUGAACAUUUUGAAGAAAUGGAAAUCCCAAUAAAGGAUAAAAUAAAAUUAAAAAUUAAUAUAAAUAAAUUAUUAAAAUCACAAAAUUAUUUAGAUCCAAAUUCAAUUGAUUCAAUAAAAUUAAUUUUAACAAAUAUAAAUAAUCUAAUUCAAUCAAAUUUAGAUCAUACUUCAAGACAAUUAAACGAUGAAUUAUACAAAAUAAGAGAUGAUUUCACUAAAUUAAAUCAAAAACCAUUACCAACCCCUGAUAAAAAUCCAUCAUCACCUUUUAAUUUAACAAGUCCAACAAAGACAAAUUCAACAUAUACAGGAAAUAAUUCACCAAAUGAAGUAUAUCAAUCUCUAUCAAGAAAACAUAGUGAAAAUAAACAUUAUAAGUCAAAUAGAUCUUCAACUUUAUUAGCUGCUCAUAAUAAUUAUAAUUCAAAUUCUUCAUUAAAUUCAAUAAAUUCUCCAACUUCUUCCAAUUCACAACAACAAACUUUACAAUCUUUAGGAUCAUCCACAGGGACAGGGACAGGACCAGCAAAACCAGUAUCAGAACCUUUAAAACAAUUAAGAGCAUCAACAGAUGAUCCAUGUUCCAAAAUUUUACAAUCAGCAAUGAAGAGACAUAAAUUAAAUGAUGAUUGGAGAAAUUAUGCUUUAGUUAUUUGUUAUGGAGAUCAAGAACGUAUAAUGGGAUUAGAUGAAAAACCUGUUCAAAUUUUUAAAGAAUUAAGAGAGAAUGGUAAACAUCCUGCUAUUAUGUUGAGACAAAAGGCUGAUUUUAGUGUUGAUCCUAGUAAAAAGAUUAGUGAGACUCCUGGUGGGAAGUUAUAG